CGGCUAACGUAGCCCCUUGACGUGGAGAAUCUUUAACUUGGCCGCUCUCCGACGACGUCUCCGGGCCGGUUUGGGGAGCACUGCAUUGGGAGGGAGAGACAAAAAAAGGUGGCUGUCGGCGAGAAGAAGUUCCCCUUCGCACAAGAUGACGGAAGAGGUGAUUGUCAUCGCCAAGUUUGAUUACAUGGCCCAGCAGGACCAGGAGCUGGACAUCAAGAAAAACGAGCGUCUCUGGCUCCUCGACGACUCCAAGUCCUGGUGGAGGGUCCGCAACGCCACCAACAAAACGGGCUUUGUGCCGUCCAACUAUGUGGAGAGGAAGAACAGUGCCAGGAAGGCUUCCAUUGUCAAGAACCUCAAGGACACACUAGGAAUCGGGAAGGUGAAGAGCAGGAAGGGAGGCAUGAGGGACACGGCCUCCAACGUGGACGCCGACGUGUACGCAGACAACGGCGAGCGGCUGUACGACCUGAACCUGCCCGCCCUGGUCAAGUUCAGCUACACGGCAGAGCGUGAGGACGAGCUCUCCUUGGUCAAAGGCACCCGGGUGGUGGUGAUGGAGAAGUGCAGCGACGGCUGGUGGCGCGGCAGCCACAAUGGACGCUCCGGCUGGUUCCCGUCCAACUACGUGACGGAGGACGUAGACGGGACGGCGGGGGGAGGGGGCUUGGGGGACCCGUCGGGGUCCCUCUCGGAGAAGCUGGCAGCGGUGGUGAACAGCACGGCCAACGGGAACCGGGUCUUACACACGGUGCAGGCGCUCUACCCCUUCAGCUCGGACAACGACGAGGAGCUGAACUUUGAGAAGGGCGAGGUGAUGGAGGUGGUGGAGAAGCCCGAGAACGACCCCGAGUGGUGGAAAUGCCGCAAGGCCGACGGCCAACUUGGCCUGGUGCCCAAGAACUACGUGACGGUGCUGGACUCGGGCUCCCACAAAACCACGGCGGGGCCCGCCGGCCCGCCCACGCCCGACUGUGACUACAUUUCGCCGUCCAUCAGCGGGCGAUUCGCGGGCAAGGAGUGGUACUACGGUAAGGUGACGCGCCACCAGGCGGAGGUGGCACUCAACCAGCGAGGCACCGAGGGAGACUUCCUCAUUCGAGACAGCGAGUCAUCGCCAAACGACUUCUCCAUCUCGCUGAAGGCGCAGAGCAAGAACAAGCAUUUCAAGGUGCAGCUGAAGGAGAGCCUCUACUGCAUCGGACAGCGCAAGUUCAACUCCAUGGAGGAGCUUGUGGAACACUACAAAAAAGCGCCUAUCUUCACCAGUGAGCAGGGCGACAAACUCUAUCUGGUCAAGGCCCUGUCCGCCUCCUGAUCCCCCCCCCCCACAAACACACACACACACACACACACACACACAAACAGAGACCGGAACACACACUGACAUCAAGACUGAAGGCUUGACACGUCAUCAGGACUUUGUAGGCCUGGUUGAGCAUUCCAAGAGGAGGACGGACGGGAAAAAAGGCGCGAAAGGAGGAAGAAUGUUGGGAGUGUUGGGAGACACAAAAAAAAAAAAAAAAAGACUAAGGACUCCUGAGAGCAGACGAUGGACCUCUUGGCCACUUAUUUAUGAUGUGAUCCAGAUGUUUUCGCUGGCAGUCGUAUAUUUCCACCUCCAUAGCUUAGUCGCAUUUAGUUUGUCGCAAACGUAUAUAUAAUCUUUUUAACUGUUACUUUUUAAAAUGUGACUUUUAUUUUAACGAUAGAGCAAGCCCCUCCGGUAUGAAGCCCCCGGAUUUAGAUCUGAAGGUGUUAACAUCUGCUAGUGAAGCGACCAAAAUAUAUUUAUUGAUUCUCUUGGUUGUGCAAAUAAUGGACAGCUUUUGUUUUUAAUUUUUUUGCUGUAUUUUUUGAGGGGGAUCCCAGAAACUUCAAAGCCACAACUGAUCUGAAUACUUUUUUUGGGGGGCUUUUGCAUUAUAUUUAUUUCAUCCUUAAAAGGAGACUUGUGCUUUUUUUUUUUUUGCCAAAUUUCUAUGCAGCUCUGGAAAUGGGUCUGGUGGGAAAGCCUGAGGGGGGGGUCGUCAAAACAUUCGUCAUCUCAGCAGAGCCGCGGGCUAAACUGAGUCCCAAAGAUGAUGUCACUGCGCUAAAUUAGCAUGGCUGCAGGGGAACCAAGUAGGGGAGGUCACUAGAUGUGCUUGCUUGGCUGUACGUUACAAGUGGGAGAGUCCAUCUGCUGGAAGUGUGGGAGUGUGCUGUUAUUUGUCUCAUUGAAAGUGUCGUGUCGUAAUCCAGAUUGAGUGCUGCGCAUCUGUGUUUCUUUGGAUGAUGAUUUGUCCAUCUGGUUAAGGAGGAAGAGGGGGCGGAAAGAGGAGCCAAGGAAGAGGAGAACGACGUCCCGUGUAGUAGCGCAUCUGGAAUUCUGCUCGGGCAGGGAGAAGGGGAGACUAUCUCUGUGUUCUCCAGGUGAGCGAUGACUCGCUAAAGAGCCCAGUCCAUUCCCGCUUUUAGAUUUAUGAUGAGCUGAUCUGGCUCACAUUCCAGGAUGAAACAUCCGGAAGGUUUUUAUCCAGUAAACGCCUUUUUCUCCCUGCAAAAAUCUAAUUUUUCACAGGACUCACGUUACAUUGCCCCGUUAUUAUGAAUGACUCUUACAUCAUUGUGACACUGCAGAGUCUUUUGAACACAUUGGAGGAUUUGGGAGAUUUUUUUUUUUUUUUUGUAAUGUGCCUUCACAGCUUUCUGUCAACCAAAGUUUUGUUUUAUUUGUUUUUGGCGGUCUACCGUGUUCACUAGUAAUGCUGCGUGACAUUUGUUUUUUAAGCAGGGGUGAGGAACAUAAUGGCCUUAGGGUCAUAUGUGGCCAACCAAAGUCUGAGCAUUUUACUUAGCUGGCCAGUCAAUUUUACAAACAAAUAAACCAGUUUAACCCCAAAUAUGCCUCAUUUUUUCCCCUCCUAAUAUGUCAUGCAUAUGAUCCAUGGAGGACUUAAUUAAGGUUCUCUACCUCUGCUUUAAAGCUUUGCAUGUUGCAUGGGAUGAGUUAAUGGAUGCUCGUCCUUGACUUAUCCCCCCCCCCCCCCUUGCAUAAAAUGCCUGUUGUGUAGUUUUCAAGUGUCCUUACAUUGCAAACCUGAAGUGAAUGCCUACAUGUACAGUUGAGAGGACGUACAGAUGUGAUGUAAUCACGGCCGGAGCACCUCAAGUGUUUGAACGUUUCAUUCAAUUUUUAUGUUUAUUUGUUUUUACAGUGUAACCACAUACAAUAGAUGACCUGUAAAAGUCUCAUGUAAAUGUUGGUUGUUCAAAUACAAGGAUGACAGAAUCUGCCAACGUUUGAGAUUUGAAUAUAACAGAUGUAGCUUUUGUCUCUGCACCAAUGGAGACGGCAUGAGCAGCUGUAAAGAACAAAAGUUUGCUUAAAAAACAUCGGUAGCCACUUGAGACAAAUGUUCUAAACAAGUGACCCGUGUUAACGUUGGUGCUUUUGUGCUGCUUACAUUUUAUUUUAUUUUCCCCCUCUUCCUGUGCGCCAGAGUGAAGCAAACACAUCUAUGCUGAUGUGGAAUAGUAUAAAAAGCAGUGCUGUGAAAUUUAUUGUCAAUUGUCAUGCUCUUUAAAUGCUGUUUUUAACGGAGGGGAGAUCGUCUUCAAGUGUUUAUUACUUAGAAGAGUUUAUUAAUGUUUCAAAGACGUAAUAAACAUAAAACUAA